AAAAUGCCUGCAAUUGGUAUUGACUUGGGUACGACAUAUUCUUGUGUUGCUGUCUGGAAAGGAGGACAAGUCGAAGUAAUUGCCAACUCUCAAGGUCACAGAAUAACACCAUCAUACGUUGCAUUCACUAAAACUGAACGUCUUAUUGGCGAUGGUGCUAAAAAUCAAAUUGCCAUGAAUCCAACUAAUACUGUGUUUGAUGUCAAACGACUUAUUGGUCGACAAUUUGAUGAUGUACAAAUUCAAUCUGACAUUAAACACUGGCCAUUUGCUGUUGUUUCUGACAACAAUAAUCCUAAAAUACAAGUUGAAUUUCUCGGUGAAGUAAAAAAAUUUUCACCAGAAGAAAUAAGUUCAAUGGUGUUGGAAAAAAUGAAAGAAACAGCUGAGGCUUUUCUUGGUGAACAAGUUAAAGAUGCUGUUAUUACUGUACCAGCAUAUUUUAACAAUUCACAACGUCAAGCUACUAUAGAUGCAGGUAAAAUAGCUGGACUUAAUGUAUUACGUAUUAUUAAUGAACCAACAGCUGCAGCUUUAGCUUAUGGCCUUGACAAUAAUCUUAACAGUGAAAAAAAUAUACUUGUAUUUGAUCUUGGUGGUGGCACAGCUGAUGUAUCAAUAUUGUCAAUUGAAGAAGGCUCUACAUUUGAAGUAAAAUCAACAGCUGGUGACAAUCAUCUUGGUGGUGAAGACUUUGAUACUCGACUUGUUGAUUAUCUUUGUGCUGAGUUUAAUAAAAAAUUUAAAAAAGAUAUAAAAGAUAACCAAAAAGCUCUCAGAAGAUUGAGAACAGCGGCUGUUCAUGCCAAGCAACAAUUGUCAUCAAGUACUGUUGCUAAUGUUGUUGUUGAUGCUCUUUUUGAUGGCAUUGAUUUUUCUCUUGAAAUAUCUCGUGCUAAAUUUGAAAGUCUUUGUGCUGAUCUUUUUUCUAAAGCCAUAGAGCUCGUUGAACAAGCAUUGGAAGAUGCUGAUAUUGAUAAAUUAACAAUUGACGAUGUUGUUCUUGUUGGAGGAUCUACAAGGAUUCCUAAAAUUCAAGCAAUGUUGCAAAAUUAUUUUUGUGGAAAACAAUUAAAUUUGACUAUCAAUCCCGACGAAGCAGUGGCGAAUGGAGCAGCUGUUCAAGCUGCACUCUUGACUGGUGAACGAAUGAAAUCAUCAAUCCUUCAAAAAGUUGUUCUUCGAGAUGUUACUUCACUUUCAUUGGGAAUUGGUACAAAAAUCGAUACAAUGACUAAAAUCAUCAUGAAAAACACCAAAAUUCCAUGCAAAAAUUCGAAGACAGUUGUUACAUUAAGUGAUAAUCAAACUGUAGUAUCAUUUCCUGUCUAUGAAGGGGAACAUGAACGUACUUCGCUGAACAAUUACCUAGGUAAGUUUGUUUUAAGUGGUGUUACACCAGCACCAGCUGGUGAAGAAGAAAUGGAUGUUACUUUCGACUUAAAUGCCGAUGGGAUACUUCAUGUUACUUCUCGAGAUAGAAAAACCGGUCGCAGCAAUGAUAUCAUCUUGAAAAAUGUGGGAAGAUUGUCACAAAAUGAAAUCGACAAUCUGAUUUCAGAAGCUGAAGCAUAUAAAAAUUAUGACAAGCAACAAAAAGAGACUUUUUUGGCAAAAAAUCAAUUGGAAGCAUAUGUUUUGUCAGUCAAGCAGGCGAUUGAAGAUACCAGUUUCAAGCUAUGUGACGAUGAUAAAAAACAACUUGCAAAAAUUUGUGAUGAGAAUAUAACGUGGCUAGAAGCCAAUCAUAAUGUCAAGACAAAAGAGUACAAUGAAAAGUUGCAACAAGUAGAAAGUAUAUGCAUGUCAAUUAUGGCAAAAAAAGACAAAGAAGCAAUUGCAGCCAAAAAUCAAUUGUAUAAGUAUGUUACAAUCAUAAAAAAAGCUGUUUCGAAUGAUAGCACUAAACUCACCAAAGAAAAACAAAGUCAGAUAGUUGAAAUAUGUGAAGACACUGAAAAAUGGUUGGAGAAAAAAAAACAUGCUGAAAAAGAAGAGUCGAAUACUAUGUUUGAAGCAAUUCAAAAAAUGUGCACAUUGAUCAUGUCCAAGAAAGAAGAAGAGAGAAUUUUGUCGAGACAUGAGUUGGAAUCAUAUGUAUCAUCAAUAAAACUGGCUACUGAAAAUGGUAGUUUUGACAUCAGUGCGAACAAGAUUCAGCAUGUCAUCAAAGUCUGUAGUGACACAAUGCAUUGGCUACAUGCCAAUCAACUCUCUGAUAAAGAAGUCUUUCUAGAAAAACUAAAGCUGGUUCAGACAGAGCUUGAUUCAUUUCCACUCGACAAAUAGCUUUAUUAAUAUUAAUAUUAAUAUUAAUUUGAUACUAUAAUUAUUUCAUACAUAUUUUUUUCAACUUAAAACUGCUUUUGAUAUUUUUUUUUUUUA